UGGAGGCAAGUUGCCUCUGAACAACUCUCUCAAGAUCAACUGCCUCCCCAUUGCAUUCCUUGCCCUGAAGCUGUUUCCUCUGGUUGUGCUGAGGGCUGAUGCCCAAGGUGCAUCACUUUUCAAGAACUGGAUCAUGAACAACUCAAACAACUCUAUCCUCCUAGAAGAACAGCUCAUCAAGAAAUCCCAACAAAAGAGAAGAACUUCUCCCUCGAACUUUAAAGUCCGCUUCUUUGUUUUAACCAAAACCAGCUUGGCGUAUUUUGAGGACCGUCAUGGGAAAAAGCGCACCUUGAAGGGAUCUAUUGAACUCUCCAGGAUCAAAUGUGUCGAGAUUGUGAAAAGUGACAUUAGCAUCCCUUGCCACUACAAGUAUCCUUUUCAGGUUGUGCAUGACAACUACCUCCUGUAUGUGUUUGCUCCAGACCGUGAGAGCCGGCAGCGCUGGGUGUUGGCCCUUAAAGAAGAAACGAGGAAUAAUAACAGUUUGGUGUCCAAGUAUCAUCCUAAUUUCUGGAUGGAUGGGAGGUGGAGGUGCUGUGCUCAGCUGGAGAAGCUUGCAGUGGGCUGCACCCAGUACGAUCCAACCAAAAAUGCUUCAAAGAAGCCUCUUCCUCCUACUCCUGAAGACAACAGGCGAUCACUUCAGGAGCAUGAAGAAACCCUGGUCAUUGCCUUGUAUGACUACCAAACGAACGACCCUCAGGAACUCGCGCUACAGCGCAAUGACGAGUACUACCUGCUGGACAGCUCUGAGAUUCACUGGUGGAGAGUUCAAGACAAGAAUGGACACGAAGGAUACGUACCAAGCAGCUAUCUGGUGGAAAAAUCUGCAAAUAACCUGGAAACCUACGAGUGGUACAAUAAGAGUAUCAGCCGAGACAAAGCUGAAAAACUUCUUUUGGACACAGGCAAAGAAGGAGCUUUUAUGGUACGGGAUUCCAGGACUCCAGGCACGUACACCCUGUCUGUCUUCACCAAGGCCAUCGUAAGUGAGAGCAACCCCUGCAUAAAGCACUAUCACAUCAAAGAAACAAAUGACAACCCCAAGCGAUACUAUGUGGCUGAAAAGUAUGUGUUCGAUUCCAUCCCUCUGCUCAUCAACUAUCACCAGCACAACGGAGGAGGCCUGGUCACGCGCCUUCGCUACCCUGUUUGCUCCUGGAGGCAGAAAGCCCCCAUCACAGCUGGGCUGAGAUACGGGAAAUGGGUGAUCCAUCCCUCGGAGCUCACUUUCGUGCAGGAGAUCGGCAGCGGGCAGUUCGGACUGGUGCAUCUUGGCUACUGGCUCAACAAGGACAAGGUGGCCAUCAAAACCAUUCAGGAAGGAGCUAUGUCCGAAGAGGACUUCCUAGAGGAGGCUGAAGUCAUGAUGAAACUCUCUCACCCCAAACUGGUCCAGCUGUACGGGGUGUGCCUGGAGCAGGCCCCCAUCUGCCUCGUGUUCGAGUUCAUGGAGCAUGGCUGCCUGUCGGAUUACCUGCGCAGCCAGCGGGGGCUCUUGGCUGCAGAGACCCUGCUGGGCAUGUGCCUGGACGUGUGUGAGGGCAUGGCCUACCUGGAAGAGGCGUGUGUCAUCCACAGAGACCUGGCUGCCAGGAAUUGCCUAGUGGGAGAAAACCAAGUCAUCAAGGUGUCGGACUUUGGGAUGACAAGGUUUGUCCUUGACGAUCAGUACACCAGCUCCACGGGCACCAAGUUCCCGGUGAAGUGGGCAUCCCCGGAAGUCUUCUCCUUCAGCCGCUACAGCAGCAAGUCGGAUGUGUGGUCAUUUGGUGUGCUAAUGUGGGAAGUCUUCAGCGAAGGCAAAAUCCCAUAUGAAAACCGAAGCAACUCAGAGGUGGUGGAAGACAUCAGUACCGGAUUUCGGUUGUACAAGCCCCGGCUGGCCUCUUCUCAUAUCUACCAGAUCAUGAAUCAUUGCUGGAAAGAGAAACCUGAAGACCGGCCACCCUUCUCCAGACUCUUCAGUCAACUGGGUGAAAUUGCAGAAUUGGGACUUUAGCAGAGACUCAGCUGCAGAUCCUGAGCCAAAAGAAGUCCUCCCUCCACAGAGCAUUAAAAGCUGCCACCAGCCCAGGACUCCCCAGGGGCAGCUGGCCUCUGGUGCCAGUCCCUGAGCUGCCAGGAAGGCAGCACCUUGACAGAGGCUGGCACUCCGCCACCAGCAGGAGCCUCAGCCAAUGAACUGGUAGCCAGGCCAGGCAGCGGCCAUGUCUCCACCCUCCCUCCAGCCUCUUAUCUCGGGUGGUGCACAAACCUCAAUCUGACAGCUUUCAGGCAACCUUUCUUGCACUUUUUCUUAGAGAAAGAGAGUGGGUAGGACCCUGGAUUGUUGUUUUAUUAUUAUUAUUUUAAGCAUGGAUCUAAGGUUAGUGGUCAGGGACUUUUCAUUUGACUUGACAACACAAAAUCCCAGGGAUGGGGCAAGAAGAAGAGCAGCAUGACUCCUGAUCAAGGAGAACUGUGAGUUAAUUCAGGUCAGAAAGGGUGAGCUCCCUCGCACGAUGCUGUCAGCCACAGCUUCCUGCCAAUGUGGAGGGAGGAGCAGCUGCUCACAUCAGAGGCCAGAUAUUCUGAGAAGCAGCUAUGUGAGGUUUUACUCGGAGCACACCGCCACCUUUCUCCUUGAAGGCAGCCUUAUGGAUUUGGGUGGACAAUUCUGAUCCACGGUUGGAGCAUUGGGUAUCUGGUGUCUGCGCAGAAAGAGGGCAUCUGAUGGUAGGGAACCCGCUGAGAAAGACCUUAUAUUGUUACCACACCAAAUGUUCACCUUUAGUACCGAGCCAGGCGGGUGACUAUGCCUCCCUCCCCUCUGCACAGAACGCCCGCAGGCAUCCUAGGAGGAAAUGGCUGCUUCUGAACACAGACUCUGAGGACUCUGUCACCUGCCACCCCCGCCUCCAGGAGUCAGGCCCCUGUCUGCACUCUUCCAUCAACGACAGAGGGCAGCCUUGCGUUGUGCAGCAUGGCCUUGUAGAGAAAUAGAAGCCUGUUUAAGCCCUAGAAAUUCACAGCUUUACAGUUGAGACUUGAAGUAUCCCAAAGUUCUGGGAGAGGAACAAGGGGACUGUUCUUUCCCAAACCAUAUGGAUGUAAACUGAGUCAGGCACUAAGUGGGGUGCUCCUGUAGCAAUGGCUACUGUGGAUUGAGCACCUAAAUAGGCAAAGUGAAAAUGUACUGAGCUAUAAGCUUUCUCUGCAAUUCACCCUGAGUUCACCCCAAUCUUGUGCGAUAGUAUUAUUAUUCCCAUUCUACAGACAGUAAAACUGAGGCUUUAAAAAGCCAGGACACCUGCCAGAAGCAACAGAGCUAGGAAAUAUAAAGGCCAGGAUUCUAGCCCACAUCUGUCUGACUCCCAUGCACAGUUUCUUUCUUCCUAUUCAACACUGUCUUUUACAGAGGAUGAAAGGGAUUGCAGAGGAGACAAAUACAGCAGAGGGGAAAGGCAGAGAAAGCCAAUGAAGACAUAAACAAAGCACCACCAGAAAAAAGGUUGCUUCUGUGGUUGGCACUGUAGCCCUCCCACUCGGAAUAGGAUCUUCUCUUUCCUCAUCUGUAGCCUCCCUUUCGUCAAAAUUAAUGAGUUUGGACUUACUUAAUUAACUCUUUGAUUCACGCAACCCACCAGAGCCAUGUUGCAUGCAGCCAUUUAUAGGUGAGCUUCAAAGCAGCUUAGAAAGACUCUCCUGCAGAAGUGUAGAGGCUCUUUAAUUAUUCCAGUGUUGAGCUGGCUGUGGUCUUCUAGGACACUUUGUGGGGAAAGGUAUUCCCUGAUGUAAGAGAGUGCAAUUUUCCUACAGUGUUUAGACAAAACUCUUGGCGUGAUUGUUGGAUGGUGUUGCAAUCAGCUCUUUCUAACCCAUGUGACAUUUUGACUGGCUGGAGAUUCAGAUGUUAACUAUCAUGAUUGUGAAACUGGGAGCCCCAAGAUAAACGCUGUCAUUCAGAAGGUGAUCUUACUCAAGUUAUCCAGAAUCACCCCUGUGUACUUGUUUGUACAUUUUCUUUGGGAAACCUUCAUUAGAGAGGAUUUCUCAUCCAGCCUAGAAGGAAGACGUCAGAGGUGACAGAUUUCUGUGGUCUGGUUUAGAAAACUCCCCCUUGCAUGGUAUUAUCUUGUCCAGGCUCAGAGUCAUUGGGGCCUUAACCGAAGGUGUGCAGAGAGUUCACCUCCCACUGCCCUAUCCUGCAAAAUGGGCUUCCGGCCUGUUUUUAUUUUUAGUUUUCUAACAUUUUGAAAAUGGUGCCAUGUGUUCCCUGGAACGCCCUCAUACAAGGUUUGGGUUCUGGGUGCAUUUUGCCUUUUGUAUCUUUGGAGACUAUGUAUUUAUAUAUGCAUAGGUUGGAUAUUUAUUAGUGUACAGUCGUUGCUAGUGUUCACAGUAAAAAUAUUACCAAUAUCUCUUACCCGUCAUAAAGCACACAGAGUUAAAGGUGGAAUAAAGC